GCGGAUUGGAUGACAACACAGCAUACACUUCCGGGAAGGGAGAGUGACUCGUACUGUACCAGCUGAGUGGCUGACAUCCUCGGGGGUAACCGGCAGUAUCACCAUGUUUUCUUUUAAUAUGUUUGACCACCCGAUACCACGGGUUUUCCAGAACCGCUUUUCCACACAGUAUCGCUGCUACUCUGUGUCUAUGUUAGCUGGGCCCAAUGACCGCUCUGAUGUGGAGAAAGGAGGAAAAAUUAUCAUGCCUCCGUCUGCACUGGAUCAACUGAGCAGAUUGAACAUCACAUAUCCCAUGCUCUUCAAAUUAACCAAUAAGAACUCCGAUAGAAUGACACAUUGUGGUGUUCUUGAGUUUGUUGCAGAUGAAGGUAUUUGCUACCUCCCUCAUUGGAUGAUGCAGAAUUUGCUGUUAGAAGAGGGAGGUCUGGUGCAAGUGGAAAGCGUCAAUCUCCAGGUGGCCACAUACUCCAAAUUCCAACCACAGAGCCCCGAUUUCCUGGACAUCACAAACCCAAAAGCAGUAUUGGAGAAUGCACUGAGGAACUUUGCUUGUCUGACAACUGGAGAUGUAAUUGCCAUUAAUUACAAUGAGAAGAUUUAUGAGCUUCGGGUGAUGGAAACAAAACCAGACAAAGCUGUAUCCAUUAUAGAGUGCGACAUGAAUGUGGAUUUUGAUGCCCCACUAGGUUACAAAGAGCCUGAACGACACACACAGCAGGAAGAGCCGUCUGACAUUGAACCAGAUCAGAGCGAGUAUGCUGCAGAUUUAGGAUUCAGGGCCUUCACCGGGUCUGGGAAUAGAUUGGAUGGAAAGAAAAAAGGGAUUGAUCCUAGUCCUUCUCCAUUAAAACCAGGAGACAUACGAAGAGGAAUCCCCAACUAUGAAUUCAAGAUCGGCACCAUCACUUUCAUCAGGAACGCCCGGCCGCAAGCUAAGAGGGUAGAAGAAGAUGAUGCGCUCAGUCGUUUCAUUGCAUUUUCUGGAGAAGGACAGUCCCUUCGGAACAAAGGCAGGAAACCCUAAGUGACUGUACAAAUGGAAAAUAAAAUAAAGAUGCUGCUUGCUUUUAUGUCUUCAUCUGGCUAUUAGAAGAAAUGUUCAUGUGAUCCACUUUGAGGAGAGAGUGUAUUGUUUUAUAAUGUAACCACAGAUUGCUGGGGGUCUUUAACAAAACUGACAAUCAAUGCAGAAAGGUUUUAGCUAUCACAUUACAUGGUCAACUGUGUUUCCUAGAUAUUCUGUAUUGAAAAAGUACAAACAUUAAAACAAUAUCAUGUCAGUAGUAUAUGGUAACCCCAAAAGUCUACAAGUGGCCAUCUACUUGUUCAGCAACUCUACAUAUGUUUGCCUUUGGCUGUCAGUAUCCCUGUGAGCUGUAGCCCACCUGCUGCCAUCUGAUAUCUGCAGUUGUAGGCUCCACUGGUAAAAAUCUUGCCAUUUGCUUAUGACAGGAGUGUGAAGAAAGGUUGUAUAACCUUUGAAAUUUAUCAGACAGAUAAUACGUAAAGGCUAGUUCCACUAUGUUCCCACCCCAUCCCCAUUUCAUUGUUUUUAUGCCUAAUGAAAGCAGUUGGUGGACAUGAUGCUUGGUUAGCUCUCAGCAGAGGCUCUAUUGGUUCGGUAGCGUCUAGUUUGCCUUCGUGGAUAGGACCUUUCCCAUAACCCCCUGCAUCCAUGUAACAAUCUAUUUGGAAUAGUAAAGUGUGGCGAGUGAAGCGGAGCGGCACGAGACACCGAGCCCGAAGCGUGGCGAGCGAAGCGAGUACGCGAGGGUCCAAUGCUGCAUAGAAGUAAAAACAUUAACCCAAACAAACGGCGAAAACAUGUAGUUGCUGUAAGGGCGGAAGUUCUCUCCUGCCCUCUCGUUUUGUCACUUCCAGGUCCUGAGCACGAAGGUAACAUAGACACAACCCUGUUGGUUCCACUUGCCACAUCAUCACCCCACUUCCAAAGUUCCAGUGUCAAGAGUGGAAUUCCUUUAAAAGGCUUUUCAAGUUUCAGAUACAGCGUUCUAGCCCUAGAUAAAGAUGAAUACAAAUUCUGGAUGCAGUAAUAAAUGCAGUUUUCUCUGCAAUAAACUGUUCAAUUCA